AUGUCUGGUUUUUUCUCUCUAGGCGGCGGCAAGACCCAGCACGAGCAAGAUCAUCAACAGCAGCAAGCACAAGAAGCCACUAACUACAGCCAAUUCCUCUCCAAAAACGAGGAGAUCUACAGCAAGGGCUUCGAGCUAUGGCAGCACGGCUACCAAUUCCAGCAGCACCAGCACCAGCACCAGAAGCAGCUCCACGCCGGGCCCCCGCCCUUCUCCGUCGCCACUAACAGCUCGGCCUACACCAACCCCUCCGGAUCGGGUGGGUUAGGGUUUCGGGUCGCCGGGCAGGACGACGGGUCCAGCAGCUGCCAGGACUGCGGGAACCAGGCCAAGAAGGACUGCGUCCACAUGCGCUGCCGGACCUGCUGCAAGAGCCGCGGCUUCCCCUGCCCGACCCACGUUAAAAGCACCUGGGUCCCCGCCGCCAAACGCCGCGAGCGCCAGCUCGCGGCCGCCGGCGAAAACCCUAAGCGCCUCAGGGAUCAACCUUCCGGCGGUGCAGGGUUUGAGGUGGGGAACUUCCCGGCCGAGCUGAACUCGCCGGCGGUUUUCCGGUGCGUUAAGGUGAGUCCGAUGGACGACGGUGGAGAAGAGCAGCUGGCUUAUCAAACGGCAGUCAACAUUGGCGGCCAUGUUUUCAAGGGGAUUCUCUACGAUCAGGGCCCGGAUAACCAGUUCGUCGGAGGAGGAGGAGGAGGAGAGGGCACCUCCAGCGGCGGAGGAUCUCAACAACAGCCCCCGGCCGAUCUGAUUCCGUCCGCCACCUCCGGUGCGGCUGCUGCUGCCAGCAACGUGGUGGUCGACCCUUCUAUUUAUUCUCCGGCCCAGUUAAGCGGGUUCAUGGCCAUGGCGGGUACGCAGUAUUUUCUACCACCAAGACAUUAA